AUGCGCGACGACGUGGCAAAGGUGGCCGCCUCGACGAGCAUCCUCAUUCUCUCUUGGGUUGUCCUCUAUCAUUCAUGUCGCAGAGCUUCAACCGUCUAUUUUUUCGAGGUUUGUCAUUUUAUCCCUAGUUUUUUGACCGGUAGGCAUUUUUUGAAUUUGAAGCUCGACUCGACGACAGUUCUGUUCAUGGACAAAGUUCCCGCAAUACUUCUUCCGUUCAUUCUCUCCAUUGUUCUCUAUUUCGUCUACUUGGGUACCAAACGUAGUGCCGACAUCGAAAGAGAUCGACAGAUGGCGAAAGAAGCUGAAAAAGAGCUCAAGGUGAGUGGGAAGAAUCUCCUUAUUCUUUUUUGAUAGUGAGCCGUAUCCGUUUUUCUUGUCUUUUUCCCAAAGCGUUUACCACGCGGUUCUCUCGUCGAUGAUAAAUCACAAAAUGUGUCGAACGUGACAAACGGCCUUCGCCGUCUGAUAAUCGGACGGAAGAUAACCAACCAGUUCACUAGGGCGUCUCUUAAUUGAUCGAUCACUUUUUCUGUCCAUUUCAGGCGUCGUCCUCUUUCAAUUCGAGGAAAGUUUCCCGUGAAAUCAGUCGAAGAGCUUCCGUUUCUUUGGGGGAUGAACAGGCGGAACAGCAGCAGAGAAUCAGGAGUGAGAGCAGAACAAAAUAGAGAAAUAGACAACGCUCAAUUCAGGGUUGUUGUCUGAUAUUGAGGAGGCCGACAUCGAGAACACCGUGCGAAGUCACCGGAAACGAAUGGAAGAGGAGGAUCUUAUUGCUCCGAAGAUUGCGGAAGAGAGUGAUGAGGACGAGGCGCUGCCCCCAAGAAAACUGACGAAAUCCCGAUUCAUUGUGGAGAAUGCUGAGGGUGAAAACAAGUACAUCAUUCCUUCAGGUAUCCCUUUCUUGCAGCCUUCGAUUGUAAUUUGAACUCCUCUUUUUCAGAAUCCGCGCCGAGCACUCCAGUGGAACGGAGCCGUACCAAUUCGAAGACAAAACAAGAUCUUCUGGCGACGAAUAGGGGAUCGACCAACUGGAUUUCAGCCAGCCAGCGGUCCAGCCGAAAGUCGUCGCUCAGCGGAUCUCCCGACAAGGGCCAAAUCGUUUGGACGUGCGGGGACGAGCGCAAUGCGACCGCCGACAAGUGCGACAUCUACAAAAAAUUGGGCGAUGUGAGGAAGACUUCUUGCACACCAAAUGAAUGAGUUGACUCCUUUUUGCAGAUUGAUCUGUUUUCGUAUUCCCUGAGUGCUCUGAGUCUCCUUCCGAGCACAGAAGGCGGUCCGAGGGUCUACAUCCAGCUUGAGUGAGCUGUUUAAACGUCCUGCAUUUCACGAAUUCCCUUUCAGUCUUCUUGACAUCAUCGCCGAACUGUUCGCUAUCCACGUACCGAUCUGGGCUUCCGUCGCGUGCAUUCACAUCAUCCUUCUGGAGACGUUCAGCCAGAAUCUAUGUAAGCUACUCUCUUCCUUCCACCUCAAACUAACAUAACAAUUGUAGCUUUCUACUUCUAUUAUCACGAAGAAUCAAUGAUGUACGCGUCGUUGCUCGUCUCACUGGCUUUUGGAGUCUACCACGAAUUCUCUGGCAACUGGAUCUCGAAUGAUAUUCUCGCGUUCGCCUCCAUCUACGUCGUCUGCUCCAGAAUUCAAGCAGUCAGCUACCAGACCGCCAUCAUUCUCCUCGUCGGAAUGUCUCUUUUCGAUCUGUUCUUCUUCUACGUCGUCGACCUUCUCAGUUCGUUUUCCCUCGUCUUCUCAUCAUUGAUUUCAUAUUUUAGGUACGGUAACAAAAGAGAAUCGGGCUCCUCUCAUGAUUCUGGUCCCUCGUGAUCUGAAUGGAAACAAGCAGAGUUUGGCGGCACUCGACAUCAUGGUUCCUGGCAUUUUUCUAAAUGUCGUUCUCAAGUACAGUUCCAUGUACGAUACGAAUCUCUUUGCUAUAACUUUCACCGCCGUUUUCGCUUCUCUCGUUGUCACCGUCUUCUCUUCCAUUUGGAGGUACGUCUAUGGAUCUCUUGAAAUCCUUCAUACCAACAUUCUCAGGAACAAAACGACACCCGCGAUGGUCCUCCCUGCCCUUUCCGCCAUCGUCUUUUCAAUCGGAUUCGCGAAUCACGUGGAAGAUCUGUGGAAAUUCAUGAUAAAACAUUAA